UGAUGCCUCGAACCAAAGUGAGUCCUCAAUUCUCCAAUUAUUGAUUUGAGUGUGAAAUAGAAACAAAACAAGUGGCGCUGAGAGUGAGUAGUUAAGACUAAGAAAAGCAUAGUAAAUAGAAAUGGCAGGGCGCAAACAUCAUCAUUUACACUCAUCUCUCCCUCGCCGCGAAGAAACUCGCCUCUCUCAUUCUUCUUCCUCCUCCUCCUCCACAGCCGCCCUCCAAGACCGCAUCGACGCCCGCCACCGCCAAAUCCAAUCCCUCCUCCUCGACAACCAGCGUCUCGCCUCCACACAUCUCGCCCUAAAACAAGACCUAUCCGCCACUCAACAGGAGCUCCGUCAGCUCUCCGCCGCCGCUGCCGAUGUUAAAGCCGAACGAGACGCAGAAGUGCGUCGGAUCUAUGAGAAGUCGCUCAAGAUGGACGCUGAAGUACGCGCCGUCGCUGCGAUGAGGUCGGAGCUCGAUCAGGUGCGGGCGGAUGUACGUGAACUCGCAGCCGCACGGAAGGAACUCGCGUCUCAUUUGCAGUCCGUUCAGAAUGACCUCGCUUUGGCUCGUAAUGAUUCGAAACCCUUGCCGGCUAUCAAAGCUGAUAUUGAGGCCUUGCGCCAUGAGAUUCAACUAGGAAGGAAUGCUAUUGAAUUUGAGAAGAAGACACAUGCUAAGAACCUCGAGCACAAACGGGUAAUGGACAACAAUAUGAUGAUUAUGACCCGUGAGGUUGAAAAAUUACGUGCUGAGCUGGCUAAUGCAGAAAAGGGAACAAGGGCUGCAAUUGUUGCUUCUGCUAACCCAAAUCCUGGAUAUCCUGCAAACAAUCAUGAUAUGGGGUUUGGUGGAAUCACAUACCCUCCUGAUUCUUAUAGCAUGCAUCAGAUCCAAGCUAGGGUUGAAGUUCAUCCACAAUAUACUUAUGGAGCAACAUUACAUCAUCUCUAUGACAAUCAACAUACACAAGUGCCAAGAUAGGUUUCCAGUUAUGCUUUAUUUUAUGAAAGUGAAAGGAAAAAAAUGUAAUUGUAACAUAUUGUGAAAAUUUCCCCCCUGAAAUUAUCAUCUAUUCAAUAACGCUUCAUUUUUCUGAUAUCUAAAAACGGUAGAAAUUAGUAUGUAUAUAUAAUUUUGUAUGAGAAACCAUGAUUUUGGUUGCUGUUAA